AUGAUAUUCGUCCGAACCGUUGAGGGGGCCAAUCCUCACGGUCUCGACCGAGGGCCGAUGACACCGUGGAACGCUGAGCUCCGCCUCGCCGAGUCCCAGGGCAUCUCCGCCGAGGGGCAGCGGAUCAUUUCCAACGGCUGCCAGCUGGAGGAUGAUGAGGGCCUGAACGAGGAGUCGACGUAUCACCUGUCGCUCCGUCUGCUCGGAGGUGCCAAGAAGAGGAAGAAGAAGGUCUACACGACGCCCAAGAAGAACAAGCAUAAGAGGAAGAAGGUCAAGCUCGCCGUCCUCAAGUUCUACGAGGUCACCGGAGAUGGAAUCAAGCUGUCUACGCAAGGAAUGCCAGAACUGCGGCGGUGGCGUCUUCAUGGCCGCCCACAACAACCGACACACCUGCGGCCGAUGCCACGAUACGCUCGUCGUCGAGGAGCAGCCGAAGGGAGGCAAGGGCAAGAAGAAAUAAAGCACUUUUCUGUUUUCAUUAAUAGUUAUGGUGAUGAGCUGGAAACGCCGGCGCCCCUGAAACGAACAGUGUGCCGGGCAGGCUACUAUAAAGUGCUGAAUUCGAAGGGCGUUGAGUGGUGCGUUAGAAAUCCCACCGAAAACGGACCGCACCUUAUAGCCGCAGAAAAGAAGCCGAUGAAUAAGCGACGAGUGAAGGCGCCGAGUGCAAUACAUUGUGGCGUCAAAGAAGUGUACGCUGAAUGCGGGAAUGCCUGUGAGCCUAGCUGCUUUUAUCAUGAUCCGGCCUGCAAGGCGCCGUGUGGUAGGCCGGCUUGCGUUUGUGCCCCUGGACUGAAGCGGGACACGACGCGACAAUUGUGUGUUCACUCGUACGAAUGCCCGCAAAUCGAACCGUCAAUGUUCGGGUCCGGCUUCACGGAUCCGUGUAUCGAUGCCGCUUGUCCUCCCGGGAGCCAAUGCGUAACGAAGGAGGUAAACUGCUCGGUACCGCCGUGUCCUCUGACGGCCUUUUGUAUCGCCUUCGACCGGAAGCGGCGGGUGAGAAAACCAGAGCGAAGCAUUGAA